AUGGAUGCCUUCUCUUGCCUGAUUGAUAAUGAUACUUCUCAUAAUAUAUUCAUUGGAUUUCAGAAGCAAGGCAUGAAUUUAUCUCAUCUGCUCUAUGUAGAUGACCUUCUGAUUUUUGGGGAUGCUUCUAUUUCAAUUUGUGCUGUCCUAAGGGAGGUGUUAAAUCAUUUUGCUAUGAUUUCGGGCCUUUUGGUGAAUCAUGAUAAGAGCCAGGUUAUUCUAUCUAGCUAUAUUUCUAAUCAUAUGGCUGUUUGUGAGGCCCUUCACAUGCCUACAUCUUGCUCCAAGAUGAUUUAUCUUGGUCUGCCGAUCUCUGUUAAAAAGAACUGUAAAUCUGAUUUUCAACCUCUCUUGAACUCUAUCUCCAAUCAUUUAUCUGGUUGGAAAGCUAGAUUUCUCUCAAUAGCGGGUCGUCUCCAAUUUCUUAAAUACAUUGUUUGUAAUACGAUUGCUUAUUGGCUUAGAGGGACUGUUAUUCCUAAGUCAUGUAUCAAAACCCUUAGUAGAAUGUUUUACAAUGAUAAUUCCCCUUUGUUUGAGUUCUUGAAUGCAAAAUAUGGUACUCCUUGGACUCCGGCAUUAUGUAAACCAUCUCCUCUUUGGGUUGAAAUUGGAAAAGCUGCAUUGCUUAUUAGGUCUGAUGUUGGUUUUGCCUUUAAACCUAACAAUGUCAUUUCUAUGUUAUGGGAUCCUUGGUUUCAAGGAGGAUCGUUAUACCAAGCCUUUACUCAACAGUCUCUGGCUACUAUUUUCAAUCAUAAUGCAAAGGUUACUGAUUUUCUGGGUAUGAACGGUUGGACCUUUCUGAAUUCUGAUUUUGGAGACUUGAAUUUAGCUUUGGGUUCUUUGGGGUUGACACCUGAUGCUAAGCUUGUGCUUUUCUAG